GCCAGUGAUUGGUUUGACCAUGUUGAGAGGCUUGGGGUGUGGAGUUGUGUUGGUGAAGGUGUUGUUUUUUCUCCGAGCGAUUGGCUAUCUCGUGAGGUCAACGGGAAUGGUGAAGCUGUCUCCCAGCUUUGCCGAACGGGAGCCAGCGAGCGAGCGAAAAGCCUUGGCGCGUGUUUUGCAGGGCGGAACAUGUCGGAUUGGAGUGUGAUACGGUCUUCCGUAGAAGACUGGCCGUGCUGCUGAGUAAGGAUCAUCUAGGGUUACCCGUGGUAGGGAAGUUGCCCGAGGACGAUCGUG